UGAUGGGACAGGCCAGAUGACUACAGAGCAGGAGGGAGAGAGAGCGAGCAGCUGUAGACUGACUCUAUUGCGUGACUGAGCUUUUACCACAGAGACGCUUCCAGUGAACAAAUUGAUGAGGAAGAGAAGAGUGUUCAGGGUCACUAGGAAAUAACUGAAGUUGGAAAGGACCAUUAAGUGGUGAACAGAGUGAGACACCUGUUUAAGAUGAGCCUGAGCUUGGUGUGUUCCUCUUGUUGACACUCAUUCUUCUCACUUAGCCAGGCUCAGGUUCUCUUUAUGAAUUACAUUGGGUAGAACUGACAUGUGUUCAGACUCAGUUGGGAGGGACUGACUUUAUCCUGACUUCUGUCUGACUGCGACCUGUUGGACUCUACAAAGGAGAUAUGACACAGAACGGUACUGUGACUAGCAAUGGCAACGCUAAGAAGGGAGAAGAACUAAAAAUUGUUAUUGUGGGUGAUGGGGGAUGUGGGAAAACAUCCCUUCUAAUGGUGUAUGCCAAAGGAGACUUUCCAGAGAAGUAUGCUCCGUCUGUGUUUGAGAAAUAUGUCACCACAGUCACGUAUGGAGGGAAAGAGAUUCGGCUCAACCUCUAUGACACAGCUGGCCAAGAUGAUUACGAUCGUUUGAGGCCACUCUCCUACCAGGAUGCCAACCUGGUGUUAGUUUGUUAUGACGUGACCAACCCCACCAGUUUUGAAAAUGUCUUAAUCAAGUGGUACCCGGAAGUUAACCACUUCUGUCGCGAUGUUCCUGUCAUUCUGAUUGGCUGUAAGACUGACCUGAGGAAGGAUAAGGAGCGUACCAGGAGACUCAAAGCCAUGGACCAGGCUCCUAUCACUUACACACAGGGUGAGGAGACAAGGCGGCAUAUGAGUGCUGAGCUUUAUCUGGAAUGUUCAGCCAAAUACCGGGAGAACGUAGAGGAUGUUUUCAGAGAUGCCACCAAAAAAGCACUGGCAUCCAGCCGCAGAGCAAGACACCGUACGAAGAAGAGGCAUUGUGUCGUCCUGUGACCUCAUUCUAGUGAAAGGCUUGAAGUCCAUUGACACAACGGGACACCCUGUCCUCUGGUCUUACAUGCCAAAGCUACACAAUCUGCUGCUUGGCUUUUAUAAACAACUGCUUGCCACAUCCUGGGUCAUCCUAAUUCAAUUUCAACAAGAGCCUGUUCCAUCCCCAGCCAACUCAUGCCUUUGGGAUCUGGACAAUGAUAUUGAACACUGAACUAAUGUCUGGUAAGAUCUUCUAGGGCAGAGAUGGAAUUCCUGCUAGUUCUGUGGGCGCAAGGUCUAUGCAGGGAUUCUAGAGUGGUUUUGUUAAUGGAUAUUUCCACAUUAGACCAGGGUGUAAAUUGGCAUAUAAAAGCAAAGUGAGAUUGUGCUUCAUAUACUUUUUUCAAAUAUCCUUUUAUCAAUUACUGAAUUGCUAUUUUUACUUUUAUAAAGGAUUUGUUAUGCCUAUUGCUGGCCUUCUGUGAUUUAUUAGUUUAUUUUUUUAACAUCUCUCACUAUCAUUGAGUGGUUGAUUGUAAAAAAAUGUUUGUAGCAGUUCCAUUUCUAGGACAAUGCACUGACCUACUUACUGUACUGUUACCUUCAAUAACUCUUCCUUGAUACAAUCACGGCUCUGGCCCACUGAUCACUAUCACCUGGCACGAUUUGUUUCAGGAAGUCUUCUGUUAGUUGAUACCUACUCAUGGAAAAUAUCCCUAUUACACAUGUUCAUGUAAGCGGCUUACCCUUUCUGCAGAGGAUAAUAAGUACUAAUCAGUGACCGUGCUUACUAAGCAUGUUGGUAAACAGUGCACCAUCCUCUGAAUACAAUGUGAUGCUGCACCUUU